CCGCGGGCGCGAGGUCCUGCGUCUGCGCGAAGAUGGUGGAGCAGGAGUGUGUCCGCGUGGUUCGUUGUGGCGGCAGCGAGUUGAACUUUAGGAGAGCGGUGUUCUCUGCAGAUUCUAAGUAUAUCUUCUGUGUCUCUGGAGACUUUGUUAAAGUUUAUAGCACAGCUACAGAAGAAUGUGUACACAUAUUGCAAGGGCACAGAAAUCUGGUGACUGGCAUCCAACUCAACCCCAACAACCAUCUACAGUUAUAUUCUUGUUCCUUUGAUGGCACAAUUAAACUGUGGGACUAUGUGGAUGGCAUUUUGAUAAAGACUUUCAUAGUUGGACAUAAACUUCAUGCCCUCUUUACUGUUGCUCGUGCUGAAGAUUCUGUCUUUGUUACAAUAAAUAAAGAAAAACCAGAUAUAUUUCAGCUGGUUUCAGUGAAACUGCCAAAAUCAUCAAGCCAAGAAAUAGAGUCUAAGGAGCUUUCCUUUGUUUUGGAUUACAUAAACCAGUCACCCAAGUACAUCGCCUUUGGAAAUGAGGGAGAAUACGUUGCUGCAGUACGGGACUUUUACUUGUCUGUUUAUUUUUUCAAAAAGAAAACAACAUCGAGGUUUACUUUAUCAUCAUCAAGAAAUAAGAAGCAUGCUAAGAACAAUUUUACGUGUGUGGCAUGUCACCCAAAGGAAGAUUGCAUAGCAACUGGUCACAAGGAUGGCAAGAUCCGUCUUUGGAGGAAUUUUGAUGAUGAUAAGAAAUAUACAUACACAUGUUUACAUUGGCACCAUGAUAUGGUUAUGGAUUUGGCUUUUUCAGUGACAGGCACCAGUCUGCUGAGUGGUGGCCGUGAGUCUGUCCUUGUCGAGUGGCGCGAUGCAGCAGAGAAGAAUAAGGAGUUCCUCCCCCGUUUAGGAGCUACUAUUGAACAUAUCUCCGUCUCCCCAGCGGGGGAUUUGUUCUGUACUUCUCACUCUGAUAAUAAGAUAAUAGUCAUUCACCGAAACCUUGAGGCAUCCGCAGUAAUUCAAGGCCUAGUGAAAGACAGCAAUAUCUUUACUGGUUUGAUGAUUGAUCCAAGAACUAAAGCUUUGGUUUUGAAUGGAAAACCUGGCCACUUGCAGUUUUAUUCUCUCCAGAGUGAUAAGCAGUUAUACAACUUGGAUAUUGUACAGCAAGAAUAUAUCAAUGAUUACGGUCUGAUCCAAAUUGAGCUAACAAAGGCUGCAUUUGGCUGCUAUGGUAACUGGCUUGCAACGGUAGAACAACGUCAAGAAAAGGAAACAGAGCUGGAGUUGCAAAUGAAACUGUGGAUGUAUAAUAAGAAAACACAAGGGUUUGUUCUUAAUACAAAGGUUAACAUGCCACAUGAAGACCACAUCACAGCUCUCUGUUUCUGUAAUGCAGAAAAAUCUGAAAACCCCACCUUGGUUACAGCUAGUAAAGAUGGUCACUUCAAAGUGUGGAUAUUAACAGAUGAUUCUGACAUAUACAAAAAAGCUGUUGGCUGGACCUGUGACUUCGUCGGUAGUUAUCACAAAUACCAAGCAACUAACUGUUGUUUCUCUGAAGAUGGCUCUUUACUAGCAGUUAGUUUUGAGGAAAUAGUUACAAUAUGGGAUUCAGAGACAUGGGAACUUAAAUGUACAUUUUGUCAACGAGCUGGGAAAAUAAGGCACCUUUGCUUUGGGAGACUGACUUGUUCAAAGUAUCUUCUUGGUGCUACUGAAAAUGGUAUUCUUUGCUGUUGGAAUCUGCUCAGUUGUGCAUUGGAAUGGAGUGCAAAAUUAAACGUUAGAGUUAUGGAGCCUGAUCUUAAUUCAGAGAAUAUUGCUGCAAUCUCUCACUCUUCCAUGGGUUCAGACUUGUUUGUAUUUAAACCUAGUGAGCCAAGGCCAUUGUAUAUUCAAAAGAAUAUCUCCAGGGAGGAAGUCCAGUGGGGAGUGUUUGUCCCACGAGAUGUUCCUGAAUCAUUCACCUCAGAAUCUUACCAGUGGCUGAACAGAUCCCAGUUUUACUUUCUAACAAAAUCGCAGAGUUUAUUGACAUUAAGUACAAAGUCUCCAGAAGAGAAACUCACACCCACAAGCAAACAGCUACUAGCAGAAGAAAGUCUUCCGACAACCCCAUUUUAUUUCAUAUUGGGAAAGCACAGGCAACAGCAGGAUGAGAAAUUAAAUGCAGCUUUAGAGAAUGAACUGGUACAACUACCCCUAACAGAAAACAUACCUGCAAUUAAUGAGCUGCUUCACACUCCAGCCCAUGUACUACCCUCUGCUUCCUUCCUGUGCUCCAUGUUUGUAAAUUCCUUGCUGCUGUCAAAGGAGUCUAAGAGUGCUGAAGAAAUUCCUGAUGAUGUGGAUAUGGAAGAAGAAAAAGAAAGUGAUGAUUCAGAUGAAGAAAAUGACUUUACUGAAAAGGUCCAGGAUACAGAUAACACAGAUUUGGGUGAAGACAUUAUACAUCAGUUGUCAAAAUCUGAAGAAAAAGAACUGAGAAAAUUCAGGAAAGUGGACUACAGCUGGAUAACUGCUCUUUAAGCCUUAGAGAUGGGGGCGGGUUCUUGUACUUUUUUUUGUAUGUUGAUACUCAAAAAACAUCUUUUUUAAUGUUUUCUCUGUUCUUAAAAUAUUAAAUAUUAACAGACUUUACUUUUUAAA